AUGGGUCUCUGCAAGUCUGGUCCUCUCCACAUCUUAGUUCUCCUCCUUUUUCAGUUGUCCAUCGUGAUCCCUCUUGCAAGCCCACUCUCCUUCAACCUUACUGGCAAUAAACUGGACAAACCGAACAUAAACUUCUCUGGCGACGCCUACUAUCACGGCAGCAUCGUCGAACUGACCAAGAACCAGAUGGACUCUCCCCUUAACUAUAGCGUUGGAAGCGCCACAUAUUCCGAACCGGUGCCUCUCUGGGACAAAGCUUCAGGGACGCUUGCCAACUUCACAACAACUUUCAGAUUCUCUAUCAACGGCUUCGGAAAUCAGCUAAGUGCCGAUGGGCUUGCCUUCUUCCUCUCACCCUUCCCUUUUGUCCAGGACCCAUCGGCAACAGCCGGUAAAAAGCUUGGACUAUAUAAAAAUAAUGGCAACAAAACAGAUGAGAACAAGGUCGUGGCUGUCGAAUUUGAUAGCUACAUGAACACUGAUGUCGACGAUACAAGCGCCAACCAUGUGGGCAUCGACAUUUGGUCGAUCUUUUCCCGAAAACAAGUGGACUUGAAGGCUAGCCUCAGAGAGAAUGCACAAUUCAUUGCAUCCGUUAGUUACGAUGCUGCUGCUCAAAAUUUGAGCGUCUUCCUCAGUAAUGCUUCAGAUCCUCGGAGGAAUUGGAGCUUGUUUUAUGCAGUGGACUUGAGGGACCACCUGCCUGAGAACGUAGCCAUUGGCUUCUCAGCUUCCACCGGGGAACUUUACGAGUCGCAUAGCAUCUACUCCUGGGAUUUCAAUUCCUCCAAUUUGGGUUCUCAAGAUCUUGCUCCCAGCCCUGGACUUAGUCCAACUAAUGAAACUUUCGAAGCCAAGAAGAAGAGUAAGAUGAGCCUAGUGGUGGGCCUUGCUUGUGGCAUUGGGAUCUUGCUAUGUGGGUUGGGUUUGGUGUGUUCCGUAGUAUGGCAUAAGAGGGCUGGAGAAGAAGAAGAAGAGAAGGCUCUUGAAUUGUCCAUCAAUAAUGCAUUCGAGAGAGGUGGCGGCCCUAGGAAAUUUUCUUAUAGUGCACUCGCGAUUGCAACCAGAAAUUUUGUUAAGGAGGCAAAGCUUGGGAAAGGGGGUUUCGGGGAGGUUUACAUGGGAGUGUUGGAUGAUACGAAGCAAGAAGUGGCAAUCAAGAGGAUUUCCAGAGAUUCUAAGCAAGGGACAAAGGAGUAUAAAUCGGAAGUCACGAUUAUAAGCCGGCUGCGGCAUCGCAAUCUUGUGCAGCUCAUUGGCUAUUGCCAUCAAAGAGGCGAUUUGUUGCUUGUCUACGAGUACAUGUCGAACAAAAGCCUCGAUCGCCAUCUAUACAACGAGGAGAGAUUGCUAACAUGGCCAGAGAGGUACCAGAUCGCAUUCGGCUUGGCCUCGGCACUUCUCUAUCUUCACGAAGAGUGGGAGCAGUGUGUAGUCCAUAGAGAUGUCAAGCCGAGCAACGUGAUGUUGGAUUCGGGGUUCAAUGCUAAACUCGGUGAUUUUGGGCUAGCAAGGCUUGUGGAUCAUGAUAGUAAUAUGCAAACAACGGUUAUGGCUGGGACGAGGGGAUACAUCGCACCUGAAUAUGCUACCACAGGAAAAGCUAACAAAGAAUCAGAUGUAUACAGCUUUGGAGUUGUUGUACUAGAGCUUGCAUGUGGUAGAAAACCAAUUGAUUUAAAAGAGAAGCAAGACAAGGUGAAUUUGGUAGAGUGGGCUUGGGAGCUUUAUGGCAAAAACAUGUAUUUAACGGCAGUGGAUAAAAGGUUAAAGAUGGAAUUCGAAGAGAAACAAAUGGAGCGCUUCAUGAUUGUAGGGUUGUGGUGCGCCCAUCCAGAUUACAACAUGAGACCAUCAAUAAGACAAGCAAUUAACGUUCUCAAAUUUGAUGGUCCACUACCUGAUCUGCCACCCAAGAUGCCUGUAGCAGUGUAUUUUCCUCCAAUGGAUAUUUCUAAUCUUAUCUCCGCAUCAUCAUCAUCCGGCGGACCUCCAGUUAGUAGCUACUCUUCAAGCUCCAACUCAAACAUGGCCAGGAGUUAUUUUGAACAAGAAAUUGAAGCAGGUUUUAGAGAUUGA